AUAGAAUCAUCAUCUUAAUGAAGAUUAUCUAGGAAAGAAGGAAAUUCAGUUGAUUGACAUAUAUUUAUGAGAAUGAUAAGAUUUAUACUAGAAUUAUGGUAAAAUAUUCAUAUUCCAAGUUCUUAAAAAUGACCAUGAUCUCUUUAAAGAAUAAAUUACAAAAUACACAAUAACAUCAAUGGAUAAAAGAUUGUUGUAUAUAAUUGUACAACUAAUUUGGUACUCUGAUGUUGUUCAAUCAAAUAUUAAGCGAGAAUUUGAUAGGAAUAUGACGUGUUGUUUAUUUUUCAUUACGAUGAGAUGACUCGUAUUCUUCUAGUUAUUAUCUUAAUCUGUCAGUGUUUAUUUUCUAUUUAUUCAAAAGAAACUAUGCUUGAUUCAUUCCAGAAUAAUCUUGAAAAACUUGAUAAUACUAUGCAAAAAUUCAAGAAUAUAAGUCAAAAAUGUAAUGUAUGCCGUAGUUCAAGGAAGACAUCAAUAAGUAAUGGUAAUGAGAUUACUACAACUAAUGACAAGUUAAAAACUUUAUCCAUCAUGGAUAUGUUUCACCGACAAAGAUUAUUAACAAAUAUACAUAACAGUACAAAUGCAUUACAAACAACGAUCAAAAGAAAUUAUGAUAAUACACAUCUCUAUUCUGUAACAUUUAAAGAAGCUGAUUGUUAUUUACAUAAUCCAAGUAUGCAUCUAUAUGAAAUAUUCAAUGUACAAUUUUCAUUUCGUACAUCACAAGAAAAUGGUUUAUUAUUAUUUAAUUCAAACAAACAAGGAGUUGAUUUUAUAGCAUUUGAAUUGAUUAGAAGUUAUUUACAUUUUGCAUUCAAUAUGGGAAGUAAUUCUCAACAUUAUUCUUUGACAAUGUAUAAAGUUACUGAUUCCAAAUGGCAUCAUGUAGAACUAAGUAGGAUAGAUUUAGAAAACAAUACUUUACAGUUAUACAUAGAUCGAUACAAAUUCAAUGAACAAUCUCUAAUGAUACCAGUUAUUAAUGGUGAUAUUUCAAGAAAUUUCAAUUUGAAUGAUCCACUUUUUAUUGGAGGUAUUCCUCAGUACACUUUCUUGAAAUGGAGAGAAAAAUUAAAUUCAUAUCAUGGAUUUCAGGGAUGUUUCGGUAACUUCUCCAUAAAUGGUUUACCUGCUUACAAUUUGUUAAAUAAAGCUAAACAAAAGUAUAUUUUAAACUGGACUAUUCCAGUGUGUUAUGAUCAAAUUAUUCCCGGUUGUUUUCAACGUCCAAAUUAUGCUCUAAACUGUAAUGAGAUUAAAAGAUAUCCUAAACAUCAUACUAUAAAUAGAGAUGAAAAAAAAGAAAAAUUAAACAGUCAAAUGUCGAAACCAUAUUGUUUAAAUGAUGGUUUAUGUUUACACUCUUGGACUACGAACAAAUGUGCCUGUGAAUUAACAUCAUUUGUAGGGGAUCGAUGUACAAGAGCCGGUACCACUUUCAUAUAUGGUUCUAAUCAAGAUCAAAGGAUCAAUGUCAAUAUUAAGAAUUGGACUAUGACAACCAUGAGUGAAACUAUAGGUUACUUACGUUUUAUGUAUAAAGAUCAUUUAAGAAAUACAAGAAAAGAUGAAUUUAUACUUGGUAUUCAAAUGCAUCCAAUGAAAAUUAACAGUAAAUCAAGUCAUUCUAUUUUCACCAUUGCAACUUUACUAUUUAUUACAAACCUAAAACAAACAGGUGACUUUAUACAUUUAUUUUUAGAAUCAGAUAGAUUAAAACUUAAUUAUGAUAUGGGCGGAGGUAUCAUUCAUAUUAUUGGUCCUAAUUUAUCAGUGAAUGAUGGAUUUUACCACAGAAUACGUGGUUAUCGAUUGGAUCAUCAUGUUAUUUUAGAAGUGGACAACAUAAGACAAAUGUAUGAAGUGAACAAGACGUAUGGCAAAAGUUUUAAUAAUCAAGAGGUCAUUUGGAUUGGACACGCACCAACACUGAAUAAAACUGAUAUAUUUCAUGGAUAUAUAACUGGUGUGUACUACAAUGGUUUAUUAUUGAAUGACAUAGCUGCGGGGCUAUCAUAUCUACCAUUUAUUCAAGUGGCAAGAUUUGGAAAAGUUGAAUAUGUGCCUACAUUUCAACCCCUUUUACCCACAUCACGUUCAGUUGAUGAGUUAACAUCAUCUGAGUCGAAAAAUAUUGAUAUUCAAAGUACAUCAAACAUUCCCGCUGACAGUGCAACAACAUAUAUCAAUCAAAAUGACUACAACAAAGACGUAAUUAAAGAUGUUCUAAAAGGAUCAUCACAAUCUUCACAAAUUACCAAUUCUAUUUUGGGAUUUCCAUUGUUGAAUUUUAAAAAUUACACCAUUAUUAUUUCGAAUGAAUCAUCAAAUGAUAAUAAUAAUAAUAAUAGUAAACAUACAGAUAAUAUGAACCAAUAUCAAAUGCAUCGUAAUAAAUGGAAUUUAAAGGGUGUUAAUAACCAUAUUAAUAUAUGGUUGUUAACUGGUUUAGCUUGUACUGGCCUUGUUUUAUUCAUUUUCCUCACAUUCCUAGCAUAUAAAUGUCACUAUACUAAAUAUGCAAAUACUCGCUUUUUACAUUCAAGAGAAACUACACUUAACAGACAAUAUUUUUCACAUAAAUCUGUAGAUAAUAAUCCUAUUCCAACUGAUUAUUUAUUAAAAUCAAAUGAUAUUCAUUUUAAUAUAGUCCCCAAUUAUUUGGAAGUGUAUACCGAUCAAUCUGUUUCAACUUCAAUUAAUACCCUUAAAUUAUUAGACAGUCCAAGAUAUCCAUGUGUAUCCAAUGUUAAACCAACUUCUUUAAUUUUUGUUAAUGAAUCCAUUAAUCUUCCAAUGAAUUCAUUGAUAACUGAAAAUGAAUGUAUGAUACAUAACAAUCCUAUAUCACAUGUAUAUCAUAUCAAUGUAAAUAAUGCUUCAAUAGAUGAUUCAGUAAAAUCUACAUUAUGUCCUAUUGAGGUUAGUCACAGUUAAACACUAGAUCUAACUUAUGAUUAUAAGAUUAAUUCAUUUUUAAGCACAUCUAGUGCAUUUUAUCAAUGGUGAAUGAAACAUUCAGUAUAAUGAAAUACAUGAACUAUACUAGAAUCGCACUAAAACAUUCCCAUUUGUCUUCAAUUAUGUAUAUUAAUCAUUCAAUCUUUACAAAUAUGAACAAGUGAUAUCAUAUUAUGAUUAUUAUUAUUUCAUGAUCAAACGUACAUUUCUACAGCAUAAACAAAAAAAAGAAAUAAUUAAUUGCUCUGUAUUCAGUCAUAGAUACAUGCAUAGUAGAUAGACUGAAUCUAAUCACAUAUAUUCAGUAUAAUAUGAUAUAUGAUAUCAUCACGUAAAUAAAAUAGGCUAAUAAUUUGAUAUGAAUGAUAAAAAGUAAACGUAGAAAAAUUACAAAUUAC